AUGGAGAUUUAUUGUUUUUUACACUUAAAUUACACAUCUAACUUGAUAAAUUUAUCAAGGAUUGCUGAUGCAGAAGAAAACUUAGGUGAAAGUGAAGUUCGGGAAGCUCAUUUGGCAAAAUCAUUGUUCUACGUUCGGAUUGGUGACAAGGAGAAAGCACUUGAACAACUCAAGGUGACCGAGAGCAAAACUGUUGCAGUUGGGCAAAAGAUGGACUUGGUGUUCUACACCUUGCAGAUGGGAUUAUUUGACUUGGAUUUUGACCUCAUCUCUAAAAGCAUCGACAAGGCAAAGAAAUUAUUUGAAGUGGGGGGUGACUGGGAGAGAAAGAACAGGUUGAAGGUGUAUGAAGGGCUGUUCUGCAUGUCCACUCGUAACUUCAAGAAAGCAGCAGAUCUUUUCCUAGAUUCUAUAUCAACUUUUACCACAUAUGAGCUUUUUCCUUAUGAUACUUUCAUAUUUUAUACGGUGCUUACGAGCAUCAUUACCUUGGAUCGGGUUUCCUUGAAACAGAAGGUAGUGGAUGCACCAGAGAUCUUGACAGUAAUUGGAAAGAUUCCAUAUCUGUCCGAGUUUAUGAACUCAUUAUAUGAGUGUCAGUACAAGUCAUUUUUCUCCUCAUUUGGUAAGCUUUUCCAUUGUUUAUUUUUGCUUUUC